AUGCAUUACCCUCCAAGCUACAAUGCUCUUUCCCCAGCUGCUAACGGAGUUACCUUUUUGCUUGGUCAUCCUAAUCAUGAACUCAUGGAUACUCUAUUGCUUCAAUAUAAUCGUCAACGGGGUUGGACAUCGCCUAAUACAUUACCCACAAAUAACACUUCUCAGCUUUCACAAGCUAUUCAAUCACCCAAACCAGCAAUGAUAUCCCUUUGUAGUGCUGCCGUAUACCAUCCAGGUCAAGUCAACACCCCUCCAGCAAAAGUCCCUUUAGAUUCAAGGACAAUUACAAAACUGCCUUCACCAAAAACUCUCCAGCAACCACAAACUAAUCUCUAUGUCCAUCUUGUUGAAAUUGCAGCACGUGACGUCUACAUGCUGGGACCGAGUAACUCGCCUGCCUUGGCCAACCUGCUAUUCCAUAAGCUAUGCACUGCGUUUGAGGUGCCCGAGUAUUACGGCUAUCACUUUGACACACUUUACCAUUUUCUCUCGGACCUAUCAUGGCUGUCUCCGGGACCCCAUGGCCACGUUUUAAUAUUCAGCAUCAUUUCGGCCGAUAACAGCUACGGUCGCGGGGGGCUUGAUUCUGGAGUCAACUCUCAGGUGUCGACGCAGAUUGCUAUGCUGGACUUUGUUUGGCGCAUGCUUGAUACGGUGGCCCGAGAAUGGGCUACCAGAGGUGUUACAUUUCACACAUUUGUCACGGACCGGAGCCCCUAUGCUGCAGCCACCCGGGUGCGUUUGUGA